AUGUCACUUAAGAACACCCUCAAGGACUUCCCAGUCCGACAAAUGUUAAUCAUCUGUCUAAUCAGAUUUUCCGAACCACUAGCAUUCACAUCGCUUUUCCCUUAUGUCUAUUUCAUGAUUCGUGAUUUCCAAAUCGCUCCCACCGAGCAUGAAAUCUCAAAAUAUCUGGGAUAUUUAGCUUCCAGUUUCGCAUUCUGUCAAUUCUUAUUCGCAGUCCGAUGGGGGAAAUUAUCCGAUCGAGUCGGAAGAAAACCAAUCUUAUUGAUCGGUCUUUUUGGAACUUCCAUUUCACUUAUUUUAUUUGGUUUCAGUCAGAAUUAUUGGUGGGCUCUUGCUGCUAGAUCGUUGGCCGGGUGUUUGAAUGGGAAUAUCGCGGUUUUGAGAACUAUGAUUGGAGAAAUUGCUACUGAUCGAAAACAUCAAGCUACCGCGUUUUCAACCUUGCCUUUAUUGUUUAAUUUUGGAGCUAUUGUGGGUCCAGCUAUUGGUGGGUCCAAAUUAUUUACGAGACCAAGCGAUAAGAAUCCAUAUCAUCAUGAUGAGACUGGGAUGGUGUUAGGUGUUGGGUCGGUUUAUGAGAGAUUUAUUACCAAGUUUCCUUAUGCAUUGUCUAAUAUUGUUGUGGGGAUGUUUCUUUGGUUUAGUUUAGCAUGUGGGAUUUUGUUUUUAGAAGAGACUCAUGAUGUAUUUAAGUAUCGUGUUGAUUAUGGGGUAGAAUUAGGAGAUUGGUUAUUACAUAAAAUCGGUAUCUCUACUCCGAUCCGUCCUUGGAACCGAAUCCAAGAACAAGAACCAGAUGAAACUACGGGUUUACUACAUGAAACUGCUAAAGACUCUAGUGCUAUUGAAGAGUCAGAACAAGAUAACAAUAACGCCGACGUCGCAUCAAUAGACAGCGAACAAGGCUCAUUAUCCUCAUCCUCAUCAUCAGUAGGCAGCGUCAAACCCUACCUCUCCCGCAGAAUGUCACAAGCAAUAAUCCAAACCUAUUCCAGACCAGAUGAAGAAUCCCAAAUCACAAUCUCCACCCCCACCCAACCUGAUUACUCACGCGCAUUCACACCAAAAGUCAUAACCGUCAUCACCGGAAACUUCAUAAUCUCCCUUCAUUCAGUCACCUACAAUGAAUUCCUCCCCGUUUUCCUCGCAUCCCGAUUCCAACCCGACAACCUCACCUUCCCAUUCAAAAUUGUCGGGGGAUUAGGAUUGGACACCUCAUACAUCGGUACUUUAUUUUCACUGACGGGUAUUAUGGGAAUGUUAAUAAUUCUCCUUAUUUUCCCAAUUAUAGAUUCAAAACUAGGCACGAUUGGUGGCUACCGUCUUAGUGUAUCCAUCUUUCCCCUCGUAUACUUCCUAGUCCCAUUUUCAAUCUUUACAUUAAACAAAUACAACCCGGGUUUCCCUACUUGGUUCACACCAAUCUUGUUAUAUACAUUAACGUCCUUAAAGACAUUAGCAAGUGCUACGGGAAUGCCUCAGAUUAUGAUCCUAAACCAUCGUGCUGCACAUAAGAAACAUCGUGCCUAUGUCAAUAGUUCCACUAUGAGUAUUAUCGCGUUGGCUAGAUGUUGUGGACCAGUUGGGUUUGGGUAUUUGAUGUCGGUGGGGGAGAAAUGGAACAUGGGAGAGUUAAUUUGGUGGAGUAUGUCGCUAUUGGCCUUGGUGGGGAUGGUGCAGUCGUAUUGGAUGAGCGAAGCAGAUGAAGAGGAGGAAUAA